GAUGUCAUAGUUUUCUUACUGAAAGUAGGUGGAUGCUGUACGUGUGAAAAAGUCGGUCGAACUCUGCCAUGUAAAUAAUACAUUUUCUCCACAAAAUUGUAUCAUUUUAACCCUGGACAUCUGCCAUGCCGUCAGUUCCAUACCCAGGGUAUCCUUAGAACCCCUAUUGUCUCGGUCGUGGUAUUUUGGUGGCGUAAGUUAAUGUUUUUUCUUUGGCCAUUUUCUCCAUUGCGAAAGUCGCCGGCUGUACAUAACAUUAGCAUUUAUACGCAUAGACUUACAUUACAUAGUCGACAGUGUGAUGUUGAUGUUGGUUGGUGGACUGAGUAAGUCGGCGAUUACGGUAUUUGAAAACACAUUCCUUGAUUUCAAGACAACGGGAAAUUGAAUCGAUUUACCAUGGCUGAUGCAGACGAGUGCAAUAUUAAGGUAGUGUGUCGGGUGCGGCCGAUGAACAACUCUGAAUUGGCAUCUGGCUCAGUAGUUGCUGUGAAAUUUCAAAAUGAAGACACUGUAUCAAUGGGGGGGAGAGUCUUUGUUUUUGACCGGGUUUUUCGUCCUAUAGCAACACAGGAAGAAGUCUACAACAGAUGUGCCAAGGCCAUUGUCAAAGAUGUUCUGGAGGGCUACAAUGGAACUAUAUUUGCAUAUGGACAGACAUCUAGUGGGAAGACAUUUACGAUGGAGGGUGUCCUCAAUGAUGAAACAUACAUGGGCAUCAUACCUCGUAUUGUCCAAGAUAUCUUCAAUCAUAUCUACCAAAUGGAUGAAAGCCUGGAGUUCCAUAUCAAGGUUUCCUAUUUUGAGAUCUACAUGGAUCGUAUCCGGGAUUUACUGGACGUUUCCAAGACCAAUCUUUCUGUCCAUGAGGAUAAGAAUAGGGUCCCUUAUGUGAAGGGUGCCUCAGAGCGGUUUGUCUCCAGCCCUGAAGAAGUGAUGGAGGUCAUUGAUGAAGGCAAAUCUAACAGACAUAUAGCCGUUACAAAUAUGAAUGAGCACAGUUCACGUAGCCACAGUAUCUUCCUGAUCCAAGUGAAACAGGAGAAUGUGGAGACACAGAAGAAACUUAGCGGCAAGCUGUACUUGGUUGAUUUAGCUGGUAGUGAAAAGGUCAGCAAAACUGGAGCGGAGGGAACAGUGUUGGAUGAGGCUAAGAAUAUCAACAAGUCAUUAUCAGCACUUGGUAAUGUCAUUUCAGCCCUGGCAGAUGGAACGAAAACCCACAUCCCAUAUCGAGAUAGCAAGAUGACCAGAAUUCUGCAAGAAUCUUUGGGAGGUAAUUCCAGGACUACCAUUGUCAUCUGUUGCUCACCUUCCUCCUUCAAUGAAGCAGAAACCAAGUCCACGUUGAUGUUUGGUCAAAGAGCAAAGACAGUCAAGAACACAGUAACAGUGAACAUAGAACUAACAGCAGAAGAGUGGCGGUCUAGAUAUGAGAAGGAGAAAGAAAAAGUGUUGAAACUCAGAGCACAGUUGCAGGCAGCAGAUGCAGAACUGCGCAGAUGGCGUGCCGGAGAGUCUGUUCCAGAGAAUGAGCAGAACAUCAAGGAUGUGAGUAUUUUGAAGGAGGUUGCUCCACCCACCCAGACAGUGACUGUGUCUGUCUCAGAAGAAGAACGAAACAAAUGGGAAGAAGAGAGGGCCAAGCUUUAUGAACAACUGGAUGAAAAGGACAGUGAGAUUGACAGCCAGUCUCGCCUGACAGAGAAGCUCAAGGAACAGAUGCUGGACCAGGAGGAAUUACUGUCCUCCAUCCGUCGUGAAUGUGAAUACUUACAAUCUCAGAUGACACGGCUGGAUACAGAGAAUAUUGCUGCUAAAGAGGAGGCUAAGGAAGUUCUUCAAGCGCUGGAAGAGAUGGCUGUUAAUUAUGAUGAGAAAUCUAAGGAAUUAGAAGAUAAAGCUCGUGCAAAUGAGUCUCUGACAGAGGAACUUGGCGAGAAGCUGAAUUCUCUGAAUGCCAUCACAACCCAGUUGGAAAAAGUGCAGGAAAUGGAACAACAGCAACGCAGACGAACAACAGAGAUGAUGACCAGCCUGCUGAAAGAUCUGGGAGAGAUUGGAAGUGUGUUGGGUGGCAAUGUAGCUGAUAUGAAGCUGAACAUGGAAAACACAGAGAAAGUUGAUGAAGAGUUUACCAUGGCUAGGCUGUAUGUCAGCAAAAUGAAGACAGAAGUGAAGACUCUCCAUCAACGUUGCAAGAACCUAGAGACAACAUCUGUCAGUGCAACAAAGAAGUUAGAGGAAGAUGAGAAAGAACUGGAUUCCUGCAGGAUGCUCAUUGCUCAGCAAGAAGCCAAGAUUAAAACAGUCCAUGAAAAUCUACGUGAGGUGGAGUUGAAGAAACAGAGUCUGGAGGACAAGCUGGACAUUUUGAAUGAACAGCUUGAGCAAGUCACAGCUGAAGCUGAACAAAAGCGUGCAAUAGAAGGCAAAGCUUUAGAGGACAAGGCAAGAGAGACUGAGGAAUCUGCCAAGGAAUUGCAGGCUAAAAUGGAAGCUCAGAUGGAAAAGCAUAGGGAAGCUCACCAUCAGCUGCUGACUAGCCUCAGGACCGAGAUCUCUGAGAAAGAACAUCUUAUUGAAGAACUUAAGGAUGUCAACCAAACUCUGACCCUGCAGCAGGAGAAACUUCAGUUGGACUAUGAGAAACUCAAACAAGAAGAAGCAGAGAAGUCGCGUAAACUUCAUGAGCUAAGCCAACAAGCUGACAGGAGGGAACAAGCUAAGCAGGAUCUCAAAGGACUUGAAGAGACAGUGGCCAAAGAGUUGCAGACACUUCACAACCUGCGUAAGCUGUUUGUGCAGGAUCUGCAGAAUAGAGUCAAGAAGGCGCUGGAAGGCAGUGAUAGAGAUGAUGAUGCAGGUGGAAGCCAAGCACAGAAACAGAAAAUCUCUUUCCUAGAGAAUAACUUGGAACAAUUGACCAAGGUUCACAAGCAGCUGGUGCGUGACAAUGCUGAUCUACGCUGUGAGCUACCCAAAUUGGAGAAACGUCUGCGUGCAACAUCAGAACGAGUCAAGUCUCUUGAAGCUGCUCUCAAAGAAACAAAAGAGGGUGCCAUGCGUGACCGCAAAAGGUACCAACAGGAGGUAGACAGAAUUAAGGAAGCUGUUCGUCAGAGGAACAUUGCUAGGAGAGGGAAUGCUCCGCAGAUUGCUAAGGCUAUCCGUGCUGGUCACCCGCCUCUCUCCCCUGGCUAUGCUGGUAUCAGAGGUGGGGGUCAUGUAGUUGGCAUCCGUGGAGGUGGGGGACAAGGUCCUAUCAUUAGACCCAGCCCUCAGCAGAGUCCAGACAGUAAUGUCAGCCCCAACCAGCAGUUCGGGCAAAUCAGUGUGGACAAAUCUAAAUCAGAGGUCUUCACCUACCCCAGCCCGUCAAAUACGGGUGAAAAACCAGUCAGAAGAAAACACCAUGGGCAUCGAAGCCGCGCCCACUCUCAUGACAGUCCUAAUGCCCCCCAUCAACAGCAAUCCCAGCAUGCUUCUUCACCUAAUGUAUCCCAAGAUGCAACUGAGGGGGCAGCAGGGGCACAGUCUGAUCCAUUGUUAACGUCGAGCAGUUACAGUAAUCUCAACUCCAACCAAAAUGAUGUUGAGAACAUGGAAAGGAAAGCUAAAAGGCUACCUAAACUUCCAGGAGCCAAACUUGGUGACUCCAAGUUAACAGAUGCAGACAUUGCAGCUAUGAAGGCUAGAGGCCGGCAGAAGAUGUCAACUAACAACACCAGUAAGGCUCCAAUGACAGCUAGUGAACCAGCAAGCUAAUGGAAGUGAUGAAUAUCUCCAUUUCACAAAACCAUCUGAAAAAUUUAGAAAAAUUUGAGACAAAAUGGCUAUAAAUGGGUCAAACCCAGCAGAGGUAGGAGUGAUAAAUGGAAUCUUGAUACAAACUCAUGAAGUCUGCACCUGCAGUAAAUUCUUAGAUACAUGUAGAAGUCUGUGUAAACUAAAAUAAAGAAAUAAGACAGUAAUAGAAACAUUUUCACUUGGCGGCCAAUUUGGCCUUGCACCCAGACUUGAUCAGACAUAAUCAUAUUGAUAUUGCAUUGAGCCACCUAUCAUGUCAUGAUAGCACUUACUGCUGUGGCUUCAUAAAUAUUAUUGUCAUGCCAAUGUCAAUCUCUAGAUUUCAACUUCCGUAAGGUACAAAAUGGCCGCCUGGUGAUUUGCCAACAGGGAUUAGAUGUUGCCUAUUAAAAACCAUGAUUAUGUAGAAAGUUUCUAAAAAAUAACAAAAUACAAACAGGCAUUAAUUGUACAAAACAUCCUUGAUACAGGAAUUCCUCACUCAAUCAAUUACAGUUGUACAUGCAUAGAAUGUGGCUUAUUUGUAAGUAAUUUGAGCAUUGUUCUGGCAAGUAAUGUGGGCAAAUAGGACUAUUAACCCAGAUCAGUAGAAGCUACUAUAUGCAGUAUGUAGGCGAUUUGCAGAAAAGUGUUGGAUGUGAGCAAUCUUAUUGUGAAAAUUUUAUGGGAAAUAUCCCCAUGCGUGUAAAAAACAUUGAUCUCUGUAUUUCCUCACUAGAGUUAACCUAAUAAGUAAUUUAUCAAAUAAGAACUUUUAAAACUUGUUGAAAUGCUCCUUUUUCUAUCCGUAUUGUGGUCUUGUGAAGGUUGUACGGUAACUAUAUCUAUCAAAGAUGUGUUAGCUAGACAUGAAGCUUGUGUAAGUACCAUGCGUGCAUUUCAGAGUAAUUCUUCUAAAAGAGGGUCCCUGUACAUAUACAUGGAGUAAAUGUAUUUUUUUUUAAUUUUCAGUUGUUUUUGGCUUUGCAAAGAAGAAAUGGAAUCCUAGGCAAAAUGUUUUCCCAUGUUGAAAGCUUUUCCUUGAAAACCUGAGUCACAGUCAUCGAUGGCAGGAUUUGAGGUGAAAUUUUGGGAAAUCAUUUUGUCUGCCCCCUAAAGCAUCAACUCCGGUGUUAUUUUAAUAAGGAACCUAUGUACAUGUACAUUUAAGGUCUUGUAGAUUUCAGAUACUUAGGCUGCCUCUGAAUCUGUUGUCUAAAGCUGGGUCUAGGUCUUAACUCCAUUGGAAAUAAGCAGCGACGCACAGACAACAGACCUAGCCGUAGCUCUAGAAGCCUGUUUUGUACACGGCCUUAGAUUCGGUCCUAUGAAAUGUACCAGAGCUUUCUUCAUAUUUAGCACCAAAUCCAUCAGAUCUACAGUUGUUUUUGUUGUUGUUACAAAAUCUUGAAUAUUUUCCAAUUUUCUGACGUCCUUUAGUGACAGCUUCUGCUACAUGUUGAGCUAGAUAUAGAUACAUGUAUGAUUCAACUAAAUUGAAGCAUAAGUAGCCGGACUAGUUAACAGAGAUACAGACUUUGUAUUGAAUUUCAAACAGAUUUUAAUGUAAUGAAUAAAAUAGAGAAAAGUUUUGUUGUGUAAUGUAGCCUAGUUCAACUUUCCUUCGUUAAAUGAAGAUGAUUUCUUUCAGCUGCAGGAAAGUUGUUGGUCGGUCAGAUACGCACAUCUUUAUCUCAGUGUCAGAAGCGCACAUAAAUGUUAUAGUUACUCAUUUUACAAUGGAAAAAGGAACACUUUUGACCGGCAGUUAAUACACCAAUGUGAUGCAGGUGUAGGAUGUUCAUACCAAUCUGGGUGUUUACUUCAAUUGACUAAAAUAUCCAUUUAUUUCCAAUUUUACAUAUUCUAAAAGAUUCCGUUUUCUGAAUCCCUAUAUCAGGUUGUCCAAGUACAGAUUGCAAGAAGAUUAAAUUAGCAUUCAAAACAUUGCAAACUACACUUGUGACUCUUCCAACAUGGCUUUAUCUCCCUUCUUCCUACCAGUACCCAACUAACAUUCUCCUCAUUGUAAUUUUUCACAUCCUACGGCAACUUUGAUAUUCAGUUUUCAUACUGAAAGCAGUGUUCCAGUGAAAUGUUUCCUGUAUUUGGGGAGACAUGUCUUACCAGAGCCUGCUUUGAGUGUUUCAUUUUGGUUUUUUUUCCAACUUUUGGCUUGUUUUUAUGGCUUUGCUGCUUUGAGUUUACCACUACAUGAUUUGAUAGUUUCCUUUGUUUUCCUCUUGCAUUAAAGCUGUGGUGUUUCUAUUAAUCAGUAUGCAUUUUCAUGUGUUUGAAAUUUGAUUACUUUGGAAUGGAGCUGUUGAACUUUUCCUGCCUGUACUGUGGUUUCUUGCCUUUUUACUUGAUGUGUCUGGCACCCAGCUUGCAUGGUAGAUAACUUGCUUGAUGAUGUAACAGUUGCUAGGGUUACUGUGGAUUAGCAGUGCUCCAGUGAAAUGCCUUCCAACUGGGUGAGGUAUGUCGUACCAGAGCCUGCAACCUUCAGUAAAAUGUAACCUAAAAGCAUUGACCUCUCUUAUAUAAAGGACUUGCAAAGGCCGAAAGUGUUUGACUGUAUUGUAGUGAGCUUUAAAAAGUUGAUUUAUAGCCACAUGUGAAAGUUGGUAAAUUAUCUUGUAAUCUGAUGAAAGCUAAGAUAACAGGGAGAAGUACUGGACAACCAUAUCUCAAAACAUGAUCAGUUUCUGAUAUAUUUGCUUGUGAGACUCUAAUGUGAUUUGCUGAUAGCAAGUAAACUGAAGAACACCUGUGCAUCCUCGGAUAAAAUCAUAAUGGGACCUGUGUGCAAAACAUAAGUAUAGUAAUCAAGUUACAGGGUUUUGUAUUCCCUGUAUAAAUAUAAUGUUUAUUUUGGCUGGGUAGUGGGCUGAACCAAAGUUUAUUUUGGCUGGGUAGUGGGCUGAACCAAAAUUCACAAGGAAAUUCCUGUGAACCGUUUUGGGUAAUUUGUUCCCACGUGUAAUGACAGUUGGUUAUUUUGAUGAAUGCAUUAAAGAGCUGAUCAAAAUGGAAGCCUUGGGAUAGCAAACAGGCUAAAUGUCAGUUUUCCAGAAACCAACUUUUUCUCACUGUGUGCUCCUUACACUAUUGUCUGUUGGAUUUGAGACUGUUUUGGUGCUUUUGAAAACCAAAAAGGAUUGGUUUUGUGUUUUUUUGCUUGUAAGUGUGCAUGUCACACCAUUCAAAACUUUAGAUGACUUUGUGAAUUCUAGCUUUAGCAUCAAUUAUUAGAUAUACUCCCUGGAGCAAUGUUUGAAGACAACAGAUCGGAUCUAGUUUGUAGUUUAAAGCGUAGUGUGAAGUAAAAAAUUAUACAACUUAGAAGUGGCUUCUAGUUUGACAUUUUACUUGUCUAAGGUUUGUGAUGUAGUAGACAGUUUACCCUUAACACAGAGUGGCUAAUCUGGAUAGAGGAGGACAUGGCUCAGAGGAGACUAGAUUUAAUUUUCGGGUAUUUAAAUUGAACAUUAUACAAAUGAAUUAUGUAAACAGUAACUUAACUGUUCAUUCAGUGCACAUUGUAAUUUAUUAGAAUUAUAGGGUGUCCCAACAAAACGUGUCUUGUGCCACAUCUGGGCAAAGUAAGUUGUUUUUUUUUAAAGUACUUGUUCCUAUGGACUUCAUAAUUGUCAAAUUUAAUCAUCAGAUCUGCUUUUGCAAAUAGUGUGGCAUAUCUUUUGCCCGUUUAGACUGGUCCCAAAUUUGCUAUUUAUUUUGGUUUGGUUUUUUGGUUUAUUUAUUUCCCAUACUAUACACAAUUUAAAUAAUAUCAGGUAAUGAAAAUAAAUUAAAUAGUAUGGAGGGAGGUCAGACAAAAAGCCGAAGCUUGUACGGGGUCUGCCCCCUGCAAAGAUAAUACAUGUAAAUUUACAAUUCUCGAGAGAAACAACUAUCAAAAUAAAUAAUACAGAAUAAUGUGUGAAGGUCUUCAUUAGUUCAAGUUAGUAAAUAGCUGUAUACAACAACACAAAAUCCUAAUUACAGGUUUAAAAAUACAUAAAUACAACUUUGGCAUUGUUCAGAAGAAAUCAUACUCUCAAUUGUCCGCCGCAUUUAAUAAAAGUUUCCUAUAAUGCCUUUUACAAGUUGCAGUUGUCGUCAUUGGACAAAGAGAUCUGAUUUGGUUCCAGAGAAGGGGUCCCUGGUAUCUAACAGUGGAAAGGUGAAUAGAUGUUCGGACUUUAUCAAGAUGAAGCUUAUUUUGAAGACCUGGUGUUAUUUAAAGUUGGAGAGGAAGAAGUUUAAAGGGUGUAUAUAUCCAACUAAGUCUUUUACUGCAUGGGAAUAUCCUCACAACCACACAAAACAAUGUUAAAUGUAACACACGAUAAAAAAUAUCGAUGGGGCAUGAAAUACAAUUGAGACCAAAUUGUCAGUUUUUUAAUGUUUGGUUGGAACAAUGCAUUUGGAAUAAACAUAUCUGGAACACCCUGUAUUUUUCUUAAUUGCAAUGGGAAAUAAACUUGCUGAAAAAUGAUGUAAAUAGCCAUAUAAAAGUGUGUUGUGUAAUCCGAAAGGAAAAUGAAUUAUAUAAUAGUGCAGUGGUUGCUUCUUUCCCAAAAGGCGCUGGUUGUGUCAAGUAGUUGGUGUAUCUGUGCAUUUAGAUAUUCUACAUGUAUUUAAAAUUGGACAGAUGGUCUACAUGUACAAAAAUGCAUGAGUGUAGUAUGUGUUGUACUAGGAAAACAAAUCAGGUUUCCAAACAGUAACAAAAAAGUGAUAAAAAGUUCAGCUCAGCUCAACAUUGUACAGCUUAUUGGGUUAAUAUUAGAGGAAAUUGUCUGCUUGAAACUGUUUGAAAUGUAAAAUGUCAGAGUUACAUGUUUAUGAUCAGAGCUUUAAAUACUGCUUGAGAGUAAAGAAAGAUGGGGAAAAUAUUAAAUAUAAUAUUAGAAUAAGGUACCAAUUUGUCGACAUUGUGCUGUCUAGCAUGUAAUGUGUGUGCAUAAAUGUAUAUUACCAAAAUAAUGCUAGUUAGCCACAGUUGAUGUUAAAAGUAAGAAAAGAAACUGGAUCAGUGUCAAUUUUUCUUCUUUUUUUAAGUCUGGUGUACUUGCAAUGACAUGUACACAGAAUUAUGUACAUGUACACGUAUCAACAGAUAGCCUCUGGGGAUAAAUAGUGAAUUUUUUUGUUUUGUUUACAUUUUUCCUUUUUGACCACUGUUUUCCCAGUCAUUGGAUAUUGCUCAGUGCUGAUACAUUAUGUAACGAUUACAUAAUCAUGUUGCAGAGUACACCACUGAAAAUGUGCAUUGGCUUUUGGCCAAGUAGUGAUGCAGCUGUAUCAGUAGGACUGGGAUAAGGAUUAUUGUUGUUGGGUACAAAAGAUGAUGUCGAUAAAAACAAUGAAGGCUUUCAUAAUUCUGGGUGGUGGCCAUUUUGAUGGACUUAAUGUGAAGAAUACCACAACAAUUUUUAUGAUUUAGUAGAUUAUAAGUCAAAUCUUUCCUCUAUGCCCUCCCCUCCCCAAGUUCUAUUCGCUAAAUUCUGAUUUGACAGGCAUUGCUCAGUCUGGAUGUAAUCCCCAUUUCUCUUACGUAGCCCUACCUUAUAAUGUACUUGCCUUUUGCCAUUGAAUGCUUCAAAUAGUUGAACAUAUACAUUAUACAUAUACACUACACUUGCUCCUAUUUUAAUACUUAAUUUGCCUUAGUUCCUUUGCCCUUGUUGAAUGGUUGUCCAUUCAGCAGCUUGAUUAACUCAUCAAAUCAUUCAUGAGUGCAGGUAUUUAUUUAUAUUGUUAGUUUUCUGUUAUAAAGGCACACAUACAUGACUGUAAAUUAUUAAUGAAAUGUUUGUUUUGUUGGUGUUAAAUAAACACUUAUUGUACUGUAUAAUACCAUAAA